AUGGCUUCUUCUUCUAACUCAAAAACAGGCUUCCAUGCUCGCCCUAACAGUUUUCCCUCUAGACCAAACCCAGUCAUCUCCCUGCUUGACGAUCAUUUGUGCAGAUUGAGGGCUUCUGAAGAUGCCUCUACCUCAUCAUCCUUCGGCGGCAAAUUAAGUAGCCUUCAGGAUUUGCAUGAUUGUAUCAGCAAGGUACUUCUUUUACAACUCAUCCAACAAGCCAUGGCCCAAGAGAAUAAUGAGAAAUGGGUUGAUGAGCUAUUAGAUGGAUCUCUUCAGGUCCUGGAUUUGUGUAAUUCUGCGAAGGAUGCCUUGUUGCAAACAAAAGAAUGCUUACAUGGACUUCAAUUGAUUUUACGCAGGAGAGGUUGUGGUGAAAUUGAUCAGACAAGUGAGGUUAAGAAAUAUUUAACCUCCAGGAAGGUUGUGAAAAAGGGCAAUUCACAAGGCCUUGAAGAGGUUCAAGCAACAUCUCUCAAUGUCUUUGAAUCCUUGCUCUCUUUCAUCUCUGGACCAAAGACGAAGUCUGCAGGUUGGUCAUUAGUCUCCAAGCUGGUGCACCCCAAAAAGGUACCAUCUGCAGAAGAAGAAACUGGUAUAAAUGAAUUCGCUGAAGUGGAUGCUGCAUUGCUAUCUCUGGUAGAUCACAACACAUGCAAAUCUGAUAGCAUCAAGGGUGUGCAAAGCCAACUGGAGAACUUAGAGUUGUGCAUUCAAGAUCUUGAAGAAGUUCUAGAGGGCCUCAUCAGCCAUUUGAUCGAAGCUAGAGUCUCCCUUCUAAACAUCCUAAAUCACUAA